UGAGUGUCAUCCACGGUCUCCUCAAUGGUGAGUGCUCCCCCGAGAUCCGUCUCGUAGGGUGUUCGGUGCUGGCCUCGCCCUGUCGGGACAACAAGAUGAUCAAACCGUGCCGCAGCACAUGCGAAGCAUUGAGAAAAGACUGCAUGCACGCCUUUGAGGCCAUAGAGAUGGCCUGGCCCUACUUCCUGGAUUGCGAUCGCUUCUUUGCUGCAAGCGAGGAGGGGUGUUUUGACCCGCUAUCUGGGAUGAGAGCCAGACAGGAGGUGGCAUUGUCCAGUCUCUCUCCCGAAGAACCGAGCACCAUCAUCCAGUUCAUCUACGCCUCUAACGCCCAGAUGUACAGCUUACUGAAGAGGACGGCAGCCAAGUGCUCCCACAUCUCUCAUGUCUACAGCAUCGGACGGAGCACCGAAGGCAGAGAUCUGUUGGUUAUUGAAUUCACCGACAACCCAGGACAUCAUGAGCUGCUGGAGCCAGAGAUUAAGUUGAUUGGCAACAUGCAUGGAAAUGAGGUGCUAGGACGUCAGCUGCUCAUCUACUUAGCGCAGUACCUGUGCUCGGAGUACACCCUGGGAAACCAACGAAUUCAGUCCAUCAUUAACAACACUCGCAUUCACAUUCUGGCCUCCAUGAACCCUGACGGUUACGAGGUGGCCGCCUCAGAGGGUCAUUUGCUAAAUGGAUGGACAAGCGGACGGGCUAAUGCCCAGAACCUCGACCUGAACCGCAAUUUUCCCGACCUCACCUCCGUCUUCUACCGGAACCGUCGCAGCAGGCACUACCGCAUAGAUCACAUCCCGAUCCCUGACUCCUACUGGUUUGGGAAGGUGGCGCCAGAGACCUAUGCAGUAAUGAAGUGGAUCAGGUCACUGCCGUUUGUCCAGUCUGCCAGCCUCCACGGAGGCGAGCUGGUGGUCUCCUACCCCUUUGACUUCUCUAGACACCCGAAUGAGGAGAAGAUGCUUUCACCCACUCCAGAUGAACAGAUCUUCAAGCAGCUCGCUCGCACUUACGCUGACGCUCACGCCACCAUGUCAAACAACGACACGGACCGAUGUGGGGCCUCUUUUUAUCGUAACAGAGGCAUCAUCAACGGCGCUCUGUGGUACAGUUUUGCUGGGGGUAUGUCUGAUUUCAAUUACUUACACACUAACUGCAUGGAGAUCACAGUGGAGCUUGGCUGUGACAAAUUCCCCUCGGAGGCUGAGCUCUACCCAGAAUGGAAAAGGAAUAAAGAAGCCCUGCUCAGUUUUCUUGAGUCUGUCCACAGGGGAGUUAAGGGCGUUGUGAGGGACACGCAUGGAAACGGUAUAAAAGGUGCAACUGUCUCUGUCAGGGGGAUUAGAAAAGAUGUCACUACAGCUGAGGACGGAGACUACUGGAGGCUGGUGAAUCCAGGCACUCACAUCCUGACAGCCACUGCCAAAGGUUACUCAAAGGUCAGCAAGAGGGUUUACCUGCCUCACAACUUGAACAAGGCUGGACAGGUCGACUUUGUCUUAGAGAAGCUUCCUGUGGAGCCAGACAUAGAUGACCACCUCUUCCCCACGGCAGACAGCUGGGAUCGAUUUGACCCCUACAACCAGUUUGAGCGCCACGGCGAGCCGGUUGUCACCGAGGAAGGAAUAGAGCGGCAGGAGAAGCCGUGGUGGUGGAACUACUUCUCCCAGUCUGGCAUGUCAUCCCCAAACUGGCUGCUGAAAAAUGUAUAGACAGAUGUUGGAAACAUGAACAUCCAGAUGUGCUGACACAGAAGAAUGAAUGGACCCACAUCCAGUCUCGUCUGUACUUCCAGGGUCAUCUACCUACCAGCGACUGUAACACUGAUGUCAUCAGCCACCUAAGACUUCAUCCGUGCAUUUUCAAAAGUUUUGAAAUUACAUAGUUAAGCUUUUUAGCAAAUAUUAUUCUGCAGAUGCAUUUAACUUGAGUUGAAAAGGUAAAAUAAAAUAGAGAGGAUGUGCAUAGUAGAGACAUGAGUAGAAACAGGUACCUGAUAGGAUAGUAUUUUUUUAUUUCCAUUGAGCAGCAGAUUGAAAUAUUCCAGUUUUUAAAUUCAGGUUGGGCAAUAUUUCUAAUAUCAUGUCAUAAAUGCCAAAUUUUCUUCCGUUUUUUGUCUUUUGUUCUGUAGCUAAAAGGCAGCAGUGGCACAUUUAAAAACAUCUGAACCUCUAUAAAGCUUCUGCACUACUUCUGCUUUUGAUAAAAGCAGUUCUGCGCCAUCACUGUGCGAACAGUAAAAUGGUUUGCUUUGAGUCUUGUUUCAGGUCAUAAAAAAAUAAAUAUGAGUCUAUACAUAUAAA